AUGAAGCUCGACAACGCCAGGAUCCUCCUGCUUGGAGGAACGUCUGGAAUUGGAUUCGCAAUAGCCGCAGCCUGCCUCGACGCCGGAGCCAUCGUUAUUAUCUCCAGCUCAACCGAGCAGCGUCUGUCUUCUGCCCUGUCCCGCCUGCGAGCCUCCUAUCCCCACGCCGAAGACCGCAUCCAAGGCCACCUUUGCGACCUGUCCGAUCCCCAGACCGUCGAAGAGAACCUGCUCCGUCUGCUGGAUCUGGCGACAGACCAUAACACCGUCAAGCUGGACCAUAUCACCUACACUGCAGCCAACAUCCCCCGUCUGCCCCCACUGUCCAACUACACUGCCGGGAGCCUGGGCGCAUCCUUCACCAUCCGUGUGGAAGCGCCUAUCCUGCUAGGUAAGCUGGCGGGGGGGUAUCUCCAUCCCGGGCCCCAGUCGAGCAUCACCUUCACCUCAGCCUCGACAGCGACCAAGCCCACGCCCGGAAGAGGCCUACUCACCGUGUUGGGGGCUUCCACAGAGGGCAUCGCCAAGGGGCUGGCCGUGGAUCUCGCCCCGAUCAGAGUCAACGUCGUCGCCCCGGGCACCGUCGAUACGGAGCUUCUCAGGGGAUUGGCGGGGGACAAUCCCGGCCGUUUCUACGAUUUUCUCAAGUCGGGGACGCUGUUGAAACGGAUUGGAAACCCACAGGACGUCGCGGAGGCGUAUCUCUAUCUCAUGAGGGAUGCUAACGUCACUGGGGGGGUCAUUCAUACUGAUGGGGGGAGGUUGUUGCAGUGA